AUGAUCCGAAUCUUUCCGGAUUUCAGCGUGCAGGUGACGGCCGCGGCGGCCGGCGGGGCGGCCGCGGGGGUGCCGGCCGGUGCGGGCAUGGGGAGGGCCGGCGCCGGGGCCAACGGCACCCCGCAGAACGUCCAGGGCAUCACCUCCUACCAGCAGCGAAUAACUGCCCAGCAUCCUCUGCCCAACCAAUCAGAAUGUAGGAAAAUCUACAGAUAUGACGGAAUCUACUGUGAAUCUACCUACCAGAAUUUACAAGCAUUGAGAAAGGAGAAAUCUCGAGAUGCUGCUCGCUCCCGGCGGGGAAAAGAAAAUUUUGAGUUCUACGAAUUGGCCAAGUUGUUGCCGCUUCCUGCAGCCAUUACCAGCCAGCUUGAUAAAGCAUCCAUCAUCCGACUUACAAUUAGCUAUCUGAAAAUGAGGGACUUUGCUAACCAAGGAGACCCUCCGUGGAACUUGCGCAUGGAAGGCCCUCCACCUAACACCUCAGUAAAAGGGAUACAAAUGUGGAAAUCUGAACUCUGCAUGAGAAAGACACCAUGUGAAGGUGCACAACGAAGAAGGAGUCCCAGCGCGCUAGCCAUUGAAGUAUUUGAAGCACAUUUGGGAAGUCACAUUUUGCAGUCCCUGGAUGGCUUUGUAUUUGCACUAAAUCAAGAAGGAAAAUUUUUGUACAUUUCUGAAACAGUAUCCAUCUACCUGGGCCUCUCACAAGUGGAGCUGACAGGCAGCAGCGUCUUUGACUAUGUCCACCCGGGAGACCACGUGGAGAUGGCAGAGCAGCUGGGCAUGAAGCUCCCACCUGGGCGUGGUCUCCUGUCGCAGGGCACCGCUGAGGAUGGAGCCAGCUCAGCAUCUUCCUCUUCUCAGUCCGAGACCCCUGAGCCAGUGGAGUCAACCAGUUUGUUAACUACCGACAACACCCUGGAGCGCUCCUUCUUCAUUCGAAUGAAAUCUACACUGACCAAACGCGGUGUGCAUAUCAAAUCUUCAGGAUAUAAGGUGAUUCACAUAACAGGCCGGCUACGCCUGAGAGUGUCGCUGUCCCAUGGAAGGACUGUCCCCAGCCAAAUCAUGGGUCUUGUGGUUGUGGCUCAUGCCUUGCCACCUCCUACAAUCAACGAAGUCAGAAUUGACUGCCACAUGUUUGUCACUCGCGUGAAUAUGGACCUCAAUAUCAUUUACUGUGAAAAUAGGAUUAGUGAUUACAUGGAUCUGACCCCUGUAGACAUCGUAGGGAAAAGAUGCUAUCACUUCAUCCAUGCUGAAGAUGUCGAGGGCAUCAGGCACAGUCACCUGGACUUGCUGAAUAAAGGUCAGUGUGUGACGAAGUACUAUCGCUGGAUGCAGAAGAAUGGAGGAUAUAUCUGGAUACAGUCUAGUGCUACCAUAGCUAUUAAUGCCAAGAAUGCAAAUGAAAAGAACAUCAUCUGGGUGAAUUAUCUUCUUAGCAACCCUGAGUACAAGGACACACCUAUGGACAUCGCACAGCUCCCCCACCUGCCAGAGAAAACUUCCGAAUCCUCCGAGACAUCUGACUCUGAAUCUGACUCUAAAGACACCUCAGCUGAGGACAAUGAGAACUCCAAGUCUGACGAGAAGGGGAAUCAAUCUGAAAACAGCGAAGAUCCUGAGCCCGACCGGAAGAAGUCGGGCAAUGCGUGUGACAACGACAUGAACUGCAAUGACGACGGCCACAGCUCCAGCAACCCCGACAGCCGCGACAGCGACGACAGCUUCGAACACUCGGACUUUGAGAACCCCAAGGCGGCCGAGGACGGCUUCGGGGGGCUGGGCCCCAUGCAGAUCAAGGUGGAGCGUUACGUGGAGAGCGAGUCGGACCUGCGGCUGCAGAACUGCGAGUCGCUCACGUCAGACAGCGCCAAGGACUCGGACAGCGCGGGCGAGGCGGGCGCGCAGGCCUCCAGCAAGCACCAGAAGCGCAAGAAGAGGCGGAAACGCCAGAAGGGCGGCAGCGCCAGCCGCAGGCGCCUCUCCAGCGCGUCGAGUCCUGGCGCAGCAGCCGGGCUUGUGGAGCCCCCGCGGCUGCUGUCUUCCCCUCACAGUGCCUCUGUGCUCAAGAUCAAGACGGAGAUCUCGGAACCCAUCAACUUCGACAACGACAGCAGCAUCUGGAACUACCCGCCCAACCGGGAGAUCUCCCGGAAUGAGUCUCCCUACAGCAUGACCAAGCCCCCCAGCUCCGAGCACUUCCCGUCCCCGCCCGGUGGCGGCGGCGGCGGCGGCGGCGGCGGCGGCGGCGGCGCGGGCCUGCACGUGGCCAUCCCGGACUCGGUCCUCACCCCGCCGGGCGCCGACAGCGGCGGCGCGGCCACCCGCAAGACUCAAUUCAGCACCUCAGGCAGCACAGCCCUGGCCCCGGUGGUGGCCGCGGCGGCCUCAGACCCGCUGUCGCCCCCGCUCUCGGCGUCCCCGCGGGACAAGCACCCCCCCGGGGGCGGCGGCAGCGGAGGCGGCGGCAGCAAUGGCGGCGGCGGCCCCGGGGCGUCUAACUCCUUGCUGUACACUGGGGACCUGGAGGCUCUGCAGAGGCUACAGGCCGGCAACGUCGUGCUCCCCCUGGUGCACCGGGUGACCGGGACCCUGGCGGCCACCAGCACAGCGGCGCAGAGGGUCUACACCACGGGCACCAUCCGCUACGCGCCCGCCGAGGUGACCCUGGCCAUGCAGGGCAACCUGCUGCCCAACGCACACGCCGUCAACUUCGUGGACGUCAACAGCCCCGGCUUCGGCCUCGACCCCAAGACGCCCAUGGAGAUGCUUUACCACCACGUGCACCGGCUCAACAUGUCGGGACCGUUCGGCGGGGCGGUGAGCGCCGCCAGCCUGACGCAGAUGCCCGCCGGCAACGUGUUCACCACGGCCGAGGGACUCUUCUCCACGCUGCCCUUCCCGGUCUACAGCAAUGGCAUCCACGCCGCACAGACUCUGGAGCGCAAGGAGGACUGA